AUGAAGGGCGGCCGCCUGCACCGCCCGGAGCCCCCGGCCCCUCACGCGGCCGCGGCCCUGCCCGCGCCCGCCCCCGCCCCCGCCCCCGCGCCCGCCGACGACUGGGUGGACGGCUCCUGGACGGUGGACUGCUCCUGCGGCGUCACCUUCGACGACGGCGAGGAGAUGGUGAGCUGCGACGACUGCAGCGUCUGGGUGCACACGCGGUGCGCGCGCUACGUCCGCGGCGUGCACACCUCCUUCUCCUGCCACAACUGCCGGCACAAGCGCGCCCCCUCCUCCGCCGACGAGACCGAGGUCGCCGAGCUCCUCGCCGAGCUGCCCACCCACCGCCCGCCCCCGCUCUACCGCAGGUGGGCCGAGGUCCCGCUCCCCGCCCGCGUCCACGUCCACGGCCUCCCCGGCGGCGGGGCCGACGCCUCCCUCUUCCGCGGAUCCCCCUCCCCCACCGCCUUCUCCGCCGCCCUCUGGCGCUGCGCCGGCUACGUCCCCAAGAAAUUCGGCUUCCGCUACUGCGAGUUCCCCUCCUGGGCCGAGGACAAGGACAAGAGUGCCGAGGACAAGAGGACCGAGGACAAGGACAAGAGUGCCGAGGACAAGAGGACCGAGGACAAGGACGGCGCCGACGCUCUUUUCGCGAUGGCCAGGGAGAAGCGGGAGGAGACGGCGCCAGCGCCACCGCCGGCGGCCAGAUUAUCCCUCCCGAUUGGGAAUAAGGGAAACAAGAAAGCUCAAACCCUAAGCAAGAAGGCUGAAGGCAGUCAACAUGCUGGCGCAAAAGAAGUUCCUCCUCGGACAGAUGCUAAGACAAAAGGAGCACCCAAGAUCGCUGCAGAGGCUGAUACACAGGAUAAUGGGUUUGAGUCGAAAGGGGAUCUUAACAUGCCUGAUAUCAGGCACAAGGAUCAGUUUGCCGACAUAACCAUGGCCAAUUCUGAUUUUAAAGUGGUUGGUGAAGCUAAUAAGAAGAUGAAGGAAUCCUUGGAACUGAGUGGGGAGAAGAGGAGUUCUGAGGGAGCUCCAAGGAUGCUGAAAAAGGAAGAACCUAAGGAGUCUAUUAAACUGGAGAUCUCCUCUGGAGGUAGAGCUACAUCAGCUGUGGCAGAACAGGAAGCACACUCACGGUUUGUCAAGGCAGAGGUUAGCAUAUGUAAGAAACAAAUUGAAGGAAGCCAUAAUGUGGACUUACAAUCUGGCAUAAAGAAUGCAGAAAUGGAUGGAGCUACGCGUAGCCAUGGUUCCAUGAAAGUGCACGUGGGUCUUCAGAAACAACCAAAUCAAGCUUCUUCAAAUCUACAGGAUCGUGAGAGAACAAAGGCUACCCAGUUCAUUAAUGAUGAGCAUAGGAGCGACAAUCAAGGUCAAGGGAUUGGUGCAGGUUCUUUGACUGCUCAAAGAAGUUCAGCCAAGUCUAUCUCUGAUUCAGGCUCUGACCUUCUAAAUUCCGUGACAAACAGUCAGAUGCACACAAUACCUGAGCAAAACUCAGCUUUAGGUGCUCAGAAAGUUUGCACUGCCUCUUCUGGUCCUACACAUUCCCAUGUUGAGAUAUCACACUCUUUAGUUUCAGCAGAACCAUCAUCAGGAGGGAAGACUAGCCGUUUAAUGAAAAAGGAACAGACGAAGUUGGUUACUCCUGCUGAUAGCAAACAUGAUUCUGUAAAGCAUCCUGCAGAGAGUUCCAAGGAAUUUAGUAGGUCCUCUGAGAAAGUUCAACUGAAAGGCUCCCUUUCUUCUGCACCAAAAUCAUCUCAAACAAGCAAAUCAUAUGUGCCUUCAGCCAAACUUAGAGUACCGGUCUCAAAGGAGCAGUCACAAAAGACACCUAUGACUGCUGGCACCACAGCUAGAUCAUUCCAUGGAGAAGUGCCACCAUUGCAUUCUCGUAACAAGGCAAUACCUUCUAAUUUACCCCAGAAAAAAGACAAGACCCAUCACCGCUUUGUUCAUGUCACACAAGAGGGCUCUACUAAUUCAGCAUCAACUGAGUUGCGAGCCUCUGAUGCGACAGCUUCAUUGAGUGAUGAACAGCUUGCGUUGUUAUUACAUCAACAAUUAAAUAGCUCCCCAAGAGUACCAAGGGUGCCACGUGGCCAACAAACAGGUAGCCAGAUGCUACAUCAAACUGGAGCGUCUGUUUUUUCCAAGCGGUCUUCAGCACAUGGAGGAAGGGAUCAAACACCGGUGUUAAAGAAGAGAAACAAAGAUGAUGUCGCAUUGAGAGAUAAUGGCGACAACAAGAGGUCAGGAAAGGUGUCUCUUGUUGAACGAAGGCAUAAAGAUUAUAGCACCGAACGUACUCCUUCUGUGAAGGACUCAUGCAGAUUAGCUGACAAUGCAGAACUGGAAGAGCAAAAUCAUGGUAUGUGUUCAAACGAAGCUACCACUGGGUUAGAAAAGGACGACCGGAUGGAUAGCGGUCUUCCGCGCAGUUUACCUGGAUUCAUUGAUGAAAUCAUCAGUAGCAACAGAAAUAUAACAUAUGACGAACUGUGUGAUGCUAUCGGUGAGCAUUGGAGGGAUUUAGUUAAACCCAAAGGAGAAGAUUAUUCAUAUUCCAGCUUUUUACAUGCUGUCGAUGAUUGUCUCAGGACAAAGAGCGAGUGGGCUCACCUUGUUUACCAGGCUCCAAAGACGAAUCCGAAUAAACGACGCAAGGUGGAAAGCGACCCUUCAUCGGCCGAUGUAAUGGAAACAGAGAAGACAAGAAACCAGGCUGAAAGAUAUCCGGGAGAAGAGGGUAGUUCCGAGUCGCAACAAGGUGUGCCAAGGGGCAAAAGGAAGGGUCGGAAACGCUCCCGUCAUGAAAUGAAAUCCUCGAGUUCCAAGAAGAGGAGGAAGAUAUCGAACAUGGAUUCAUCCUCGGAGGAUGCUGCUCCCCCUUUGUCUAAUUCCAGCAGCAACCCCAUGGUUGAUGAGAGCCAAGAAGAUGAUUCUUCUGGCGGUGAUAGGCAACCUAACUUUGCAGGUUCAUAGGAUGUCCUGCUGAUGCAGUGCUGUUGGCAAUGACAUUAGACUGGAAGGGGACCAGCUGUUUUCCUUUCUGGCCCUCGAAUGCAGUAAAAGUUUGUUGGGAGCAUUUCCUUUAACCGGAGUUCAGGUUUGUAGCAGGCAACGAACUGUCAGGUUUGAUGCCCAACAAGCCGCGCUCAUGUAACAGUAGUGUAAUCUAGAGUAACCAUUUCUUUCCCAGCAGAGUAGAGUAUGUUUUUUUUUUUGAAGCAAGUAGAGUAUGUUUUUUGGUUGGCAUGCUUGAGCUAGUAUGUUGAGUGUGCAUUUUGUAGCUCUGUAUGAGCAUAUGCCCUAGUGCAGUAAAGCAGGCAGUCUGUAUAUCAAGUCCUCGAGAAAGCAUUUUGAUGCCUAUUGGUUGCCACCGCCAAGAAGGGCAAAACCAUUGCGAGCUCAAAAACAUUUUUCGUGUUUAGUCGCAAGCCUGUGUAGCAACCAAUCCCCACCGAUAAACAAAACAACUGAAUGUUGUGAUCAUAUUUGCUCUGUGCACAUACAAAUUAAUGUUGUGUUCAUA